UUGGCAUUUUAAAUGCACAAAACGAACAUUCUUGGCAGGUUUUUGUGUCGAUGGUCAUUAGUUAACUCAUGCAAUGUCAUUUGAGGACCGAGGUAACUCCCCAUAAAGAGUCAAAUAAUAAACUGGAUGCGGACCUGAACUCUCCUUGAGCAUGUGUUUUUCGAGGGACUGGGAAAGAGCGGAUACUUCCUGUGUUGCUGCUGCUGCGGUUACUGACCUAGAGAUGCGCGGAGGGGGAGAGAAAUGGAGUUUCAGUGAAGACUAAAGUAACGGACAGACUUCAACCCAAAAAGGAUACAACGAAGAGAUUCGGUUGAAGCUACAUCAAGUUGCGAAACAGAUUAUUUUCAAGGUGACUGGCUUGAGAUGAAGCUGCUGAAACCAAGUUGGGUCAGUCACAAUGGAAAACCAAUAUUUUCAGUCGAUAUCCAUCCUGAUGGAACCAAGUUUGCUACUGGUGGCCAAGGGGAGGACUCUGGGAAGGUGGUCAUUUGGAACAUGGCGCCAGUCCUCCGGGAGGAGGAUGAGAAGAAUGAGAACAUUCCCAAGAUGCUCUGCCAGAUGGACAAUCAUCUAGCUUGUGUAAAUUGCGUCCGCUGGUCCAACAAUGGCCUGUACCUUGCCUCAGGUGGAGACGACAAAUUGGUUAUGGUGUGGAAACGAGCAGCGUUAAUUGGCCCCAGCACGGUCUUUGGAUCCAGCAGUAAGCUUGCCAAUGUGGAACAGUGGCGAUGCGUGACCAUUCUGAGAAAUCAUACCGGAGAUGUAAUGGAUGUGGCAUGGUCCCCACAUGAUGUGUGGUUGGCCUCCUGCAGUGUGGACAACACCAUUGUCAUCUGGAAUGCACGCAAAUUUCCAGAGAUUAUAACUUCGCUGAAGGGUCACACUGGUCUGGUGAAGGGCCUCACGUGGGAUCCUGUGGGGAAGUACAUCGCCUCUCAGGCAGACGACCGCAGCCUUAAGGUGUGGAGGACCAUGGACUGGCAGCUGGAAACUAAUAUCACCAAGCCCUUCAACGAGUGUGGUGGGACCACUCACGUGCUCCGUCUCAGCUGGUCUCCCGACGGACAGUACCUGGUGUCCGCUCACGCCAUGAACAACUCCGGCCCCACCGCUCAGAUCGUUGAGAGGGACGGCUGGAAGACCAACAUGGACUUUGUCGGACACAGGAAGGCCGUCACUGUCGUGAAAUUCAAUCCCAAGAUCUUUAAAAAGAAACAGAAGAAUGGGAGCUCUCAGAAGGGCAGCGGGCCCUACUGCUGCUGUGCUGUGGGGAGCAAAGACCGCUCCCUCUCCGUAUGGUUGACAUCACUGAAACGGCCCUUGGUUGUGAUCCAUGACCUGUUUGACAAAUCUAUCAUGGAUAUUACAUGGACAUUGAAUGGCAUGGGAAUCCUGGUGUGCUCCAUGGAUGGCACUGUAGCGUUCCUGGAUUUCAACCUGGAUGAGCUUGGAGACCCCCUCAAUGAAGAGGAGAAGAACUCCAUUCAUCAGAACAUCUACGGUAAGAGCCUAGCCAUCACCAAUACUGAGGCCCAGCUCUCCACCACCAUCAUAGAGAACCCCGAGAUGCUGAAGUACCAGCCCGACAGACAAGUGGGCGAGCGGGCCAGCGCGGUCCCAAGCGUCGGCCACGAGAACCAGACUCCCAAGCUCACCAAUGUGGUCAACGGAGAGUCCCUCGAAGACAUCCGUAAGAAUCUGCUGAAGAAGCAAGUGGAGACCAGGACAGCAGAUGGCCGGCGACGGAUUACCCCCUUGUGCAUCGCACAGCUUGACACCGGGGAUUUCUCUCCGGCCCUGUUCAACAGCGCGCCCAUCCUGCCAGGCUCUAGCAUGUCCAACCAACUGACCCCGCAGCUCUCGUCCGAGUCCAACGCCUCCAACUCCCUGGGCCUGCGCCCGCUCCAGGACACGUCGCCGGGGAAGGGCGCCGAGGACAACAAAGAUGGUGCCCCCCUGGCUACUAAUUCUAUCGGCAUGAAGGCCGGCCUGUUCCCCCCCGCCACCAAGAUGGAGCCCAUGAAGGCUCUGGACUCAAGGUUCACCGAAAGGUCAAAGGCCACGCCAGGGCUCACAAUCACCUCCACUCCUGUAGGCAUGACCCCACUGGACAGAGCUAAAGACAGCAGCACUUUGAAGGACUCCAAGCUGAAGGACGACACGAGCAGUGACAGUGAGGAGAAGAUGGCCAUGAAGUCGUUCUCGGCGCCCAAGAGGAAGGUGGAGAUGGAAGGAGGGGAGGUGGUGGAGAAGAGGAAGAAGGGCCGGCCCAGGAAAGACACCAAGAUGAUGAUGCCCCUCUCUCAGCCAUUCCCACAGACCCCUGUGGCGGUGGAGAAGGAGCCAGCUCGAGCAGCAACAGCAGGAGUAGCAGCAGCAGCAGUAGCCGCUCCGCCCGCUGUGCUGCUGAAACUCACCACCCCGUCAGCACAGAAGUCUUUCACCCAUCAGGUGAGUGCGGACCCCUCCGUGUACCUGGAGGUGGAGAACGAGGUGUCGUCGGUUGCCGGGGCGCGGCUCAGCCAGGUGCGCUGCACCAGAGACGGCCGUGAGUGGGAAGGUCUGCUGCCCAGCCGCAUCCUCAUCGCCAGCGGCAGCCUUGAGGUGGUGGCGGUUGCAUGCGAGGACCGCACGCUGUCCGUCUUCUCGUCGUGUGGCCGGCGGCUCAUCCCGUCCAUCCUGCUGCCGGCCCCCAUCUCCGCCCUGCACUGCUCCGGCUGGUUCACCAUGGCGCUGACGGCCGCCGCCACGCUCUCCGUCUGGGAUGUGCAAAAACAGAUGGCACUUGUCAAAAACGAAUCCCUGCACACCAUCCUCUCAGGCUCAGGCACCAGUGUCACCCAGUCCCUGCUCACCCAGCAGGGCGUUCCUGUGAUCGGCCUCUCUAACGGGAAGUCCUACUGCUUCAGCUCCUCCCUGGGGACCUGGAAUCUGAUUGCUGACAAGCAGGACUCGUUGGUGCAGUGUGCCGACUUCAGGAACUGUCUGACUUCCCAGGAUGCUCUGGGCUCCACGGGACCCUUGGCCAUCAUGCAGGGCCGCAAUAUCAGCGCUGGUCGCCUGGCCUCCAGACUGUCGUCCACUCCCCAUCACCUGCAGCAGGGCAUGACCCUGGCCUUCCUGGAGAACCAGCUGGCGUCGGCCCUCACGCUCACCUCUGCGCCCGAGUACCGCCACUGGCUCAUCGUCUACACACGCUUCCUCGUCAACGAGGGCUAUGAGCAGCGGUUGCGUGAGCUGUGUAAAGACCUUUUGGGACCAGUCCACAAAUCCACUGGCAGCUCCUGGGAGCCCACUAUCUUGGGCCAGCGGAAGAGGGAUCUCCUACACGAGGUUCUCCCCGUCAUCGGCCAGAACCUGCGCUUCCAGAGGCUCUUCACCGAGUACCAGGACCAGCUGGAGCUGCUCCGGAACAAAUAGCACUUUUUUUCUUCUCCUCCGUCGUGCCAUCUCUCCUCUGAAGAGUCUUGGAGAAG